CGCUGGCAUCGUUAGAUCCGCAUCCCGCAGCGCCUUUGGUCCAUUUCAACGGAAAGUUUUCCGCUCGUUCCACGUGACAAUGGCGGAAAAUUCAUCGAUUAUAUACUCCCCGUUCUGUUUCAUGAAUGGACGGGAAGGGGGAGAGUAGGUAGGCGCAAGGAGAAAAAUUUUUCCCAAUAAUGCAGAGCGCAGCAUUUUCCCUCUCGCCUUCCACUCCUCUUCUCCGAUCACGGAGCACAAACCCUAACCCUAGAUGCCGGAUCCUUUCCGCCUCCCCCACAGUGAAGCUGCCGACUGCUUUGAUCCGAGGCUGCGUCGCCGGCGGCGGCCUACGCGCCAUAUCGCCACGGCUCGGUGGAUGGGAACAUGCCAUCUCUUCCUCUCCUUCGCGGCGACCCGAUCUCGCUGUGAGGGCGAGCUCCAUACCGGAAAGCGCCGAUGAGAGUCCCGCCAAGGCCAAUGAAUUGGUGCAGACGCUGCUGCUUGGCUCGCUCUUCGGACUUUGGUACCUAUUUAAUAUCUACUUCAACAUCUAUAACAAGCAGGUGCUCAAAGUUUUUCCCAACCCGUUGACAAUCACUACUUGUCAGUUUCUCAUUGGAACUGUUCUUGUCCUUUUUAUGUGGACGACAACUCUUUAUAGGAGGCCGAAGAUUACUUCUUCACAGCUUGUAGCUAUUCUUCCGCUGGCCAUGGUCCAUACAUUAGGCAACCUUUUCACUAAUAUGAGCCUUGGAAAAGUUGCUGUAUCAUUUACACAUACAAUCAAAGCUAUGGAACCGUUCUUCUCGGUUCUGCUUUCUGCCUUGUUUCUUGGUGAGCAACCUUCCGUCUGGGUUUUAUUUUCUCUUGCACCGAUUGUUGGUGGCGUGGCUCUAGCAUCUAUGACAGAAGCUUCUUUCAACUGGGCAGGCUUUUGGAGUGCUAUGGCUUCCAAUUUGACAUUUCAAUCACGUAAUGUUCUUAGCAAAAAAGUCAUGGUCAAGAGAGAAGAAUCUCUGGACAAUAUCAACCUCUUCUCAAUUAUAACAAUUAUGUCCCUGUUCCUGUUAGCCCCUUUCACAUUCUUUGUUGAAGGCAUCAAGUUCACUCCAUCGUACAUACAGUCUGCUGGUUUGAACCUUAAACAAUUAUACGUGAGAUCACUGCUUGCCGGAUUAUGCUUUCACGCUUAUCAACAGGUUUCCUAUAUGAUUCUGUCAAGAGUUUCCCCUGUAACCCACUCAGUCGGAAACUGUGUGAAACGAGUGGUUGUUAUUGUGACAUCAGUUCUCUUCUUCAGGACUCCAGUUUCUCCCAUCAAUUCCAUUGGAACUGGAAUUGCACUCGCUGGAGUUUUCCUGUACUCCAGGGUCAAGAAGAUCAAGCCGAAGACUGCAUGAAAAAGGUUACAUGCUGACAUUCAUUUUGCUAGAAUUAGUCAAGAGCUAUUGUAAUUUUAUUCUUUUGGGACCAUGCUUUCAUGCAUUUCUGUGCUGAUUGCUAUCAUUGUUGUUUUUGAUAAUGUAGUUGUUCUUCUUGGGACA